CUUGAAAGGAACACAUCCGGACUUAAGAGCGACGGAGGCGGAAACUGAGGGCCAUCCGUAACUCUUUUGAGUUUAGGAAACGUGAAUAACCAGAAGAAGAAGCUUCAAGCUUCUGUCCCUCAAACUCUCUUCUUCUCCACCGACGGUCGCUGCCAUUAUCGCCGGUCGUUUCGCAAUUCUUCAAUCGAUUCACCGAAGGUACAGCCGGUUUGGUCUGUCUUGAUUGGAUGAAAAUUGGAGCACGAUGGCUUACACGCAGAAAGGUGCACCUACCAAUGGAUCUGUUUAUGUGUGUAACUUGCCGGAGGGAACUGAUGAGGAUAUGCUGGCAGAGCAUUUUGGCACCAUUGGGUUGCUAAAGAAAGACAAGCGAACUGGUCGUCCCAAGAUAUGGUUGUAUCGUGACAAAACAACCAAUGAGCCGAAGGGGGAUGCUACAGUUACUUACGAGGAUCCACAUGCAGCUCUAGCAGCUGUUGAGUGGUUCAACAAUAAGGACUUUCAUGGUAGCAUAAUUGGAGUCCUUCUGGCAGAGUCUAAGAGCAAAGAUGAACAACCAUAUAAUGUUGGGAAUGAUUCCAUUAUGCCUGGUGAUUUUGGCGGUUUGGACGAAGACGCUAAGGAUAUGAAUGGCGUUGGUGGAAGAGGUAGAGGUGGGGGUGAUGCUUCUGCAAAAGCAUGGCAACAAGAUGGGGACUGGUUGUGUCCCAAUACAAGUAGCUGCUCAAAUGUAAAUUUUGCAUUCCGUGGGGUCUGCAAUCGUUGUGGGACUCCUCGACCUUCUGGUGCAUCUGGUGGUGGCGGAGGUGCAGGAGGCCGUGGUAGGGGUCGCGGUGGUCCAGAUUCUGGGCCUGGGGCACCUGGACGGGGAUCUGGUGCCACUUCAAAGCUCUUUGGCCCAAAUGAUUGGUCUUGUCCAAUGUGUGCCAAUAUCAAUUGGGCCAAGCGUACUAAGUGCAACAUAUGCAACACCAACAAACCUGGGCACAAUGAGGGCGGUGUUAGAGGUGGGCGUGCAGGUGGUUAUAAAGAACUCGAUGAAGAGGAAAUAGAGGAAACGAGGCGUCGCCGCAAGGAAGCUGAAGAUGAUGAUGGUGAAAUGUAUGAUGAGUUUGGCAACUUGAAGAAGAAGUUCAGGGUCAAAACUCAACUAGCUGAAGUGGGCAAAGUACUACCAGGAGCUGGGCGUGCUGGGUGGGAGGUCGAGGAACUAGGGGAGAAAGAUGGUAGGGAAAGGAGCCGAGAAAGAGGGAGGGAUCGGAACAGCAGCAGGAACAGAGAACGUGACGAUAGGGACAGGCGCCGCAGCCGGAGCAGAGAGAGGGAUAAUAGGGGAAGAGAACGAGAUUAUGAUUAUGAUCAAGAUAGAGAAUACGGCCGCGACAGGGACCGUGAUCGCGACCGGAAUAGGUACCGAUACUGACUGAGGAAUGGGGAGAGCAGAGGCCCGGGUUUUGUUUUUCUCCCUUUUCGUCUUGUUCUGGAAUUUGCCUUCGGGGGAGAUGUGUCAGUUUGUUUAUGGAGCUCGUAGUAAUUAACACUCUGUUUAUGAUCGUGAGAUCCCGAAGAGGCUCAGCGCGGUGUUAUUUUUGAAAUUUUGAGCUUGCAUGAUACACGAACAUGUUUUGUGCUCUUGAAAAACCUUUCAUCUGCUUGUUUCCGCUUGUUUUGGGCCAUAUGGUUGGCUUCGAAAAAUUGGAUGUCGGAAUGUCUGCUCAGUUUCAGGGAGUGCAUGUGUCGGCACGAAAAAGUUAGAUUAAUCGUAUUUCUUUAAGAAUAAAUAUAAUUUAUUAGUCAGACCUUUGAAACUGUCUAAAUUAUUAGUUGAAUCUUUUAAAUACAAAAUAUUAUUCAAUUUUUUAUAAUGCAUCUAAGUAUUAGACAUUUUCUUUAUUA